UCGUUCUCCUUCAUAUUCAUUUUUCAUUCCACAUAUAGAUAGGACUGAUCGACUAGCAAACCACUCCGUCCAAUUUAAUUUCCCUCUGCUCUCUCAAAAUACAUUUCGUAUCUCAGUUGUUCAGCCAACAAAUCAAAGCAAAGCCUCCCCUUUACACUCACUCACUCACUCACAUCAUCAUCAUCAUUCUUUGUGUGUGUGUCUGUGAAGCGACUUUACCAAAAUUCUUGUUUUCAGUUGCCUGCAGAUAUGCCUGCCAACUUGAAUUAAUUAAAGGGGCUCCCUCCCUUUCAAGAAUCUUUCUCAAAUUGCAAACGAAAACUUAUAACUGAUGAUGUUUGCGCAACCCGCGCUGAUUGGGUUUUGGAAGACCAAGGAAAGGAAUCCUUCAUGGAAGUUCCUCUUCUUGUUUUUCAUAUUUAGGCUGCUUUUGUUUUCUGGCUCGUGAUGUCAUGUGUUUGCUGAUUUAAUUAGGCUUAAUUCCUUCUUUAUGGGAUGGGAGAAGAUUGAUCAGCCUUUUUCGUCAUUAUGGAAGAUGGUGCCUUUACACUUAACGACAUGUUGGCUAAGCUCUCUGACAAUACUACUGCUACUGAUUUUAGUUUCAUGGGAGAAUUCCUCUCUGACGGAUUCUGGCUAGAGGCAACUGAUCAGGGAUCCAAUUAUUUCUGUAAUCAGCCUGCACUUCCUUUUACUACUACUUCCUCUUUGCCUUCUCAGCCCCUUUCCUUUGAUACUAACGUUUCCAUUCCAAGCACUAAUCAAGUGGCCUUCCAGCAAGAAACAGAAAAAGAUAAGAUAGCUGACAAUUUGUUUGUCCCCCAAAUGGAUGAAUCUUCUGCACCUACAAGAGAUAACACACACACCUCCCCUCGUCCAGAUUCUUCAGCUUUUCAGGUUGAAGGCACUCAAAUGAAUAGGAGGCUAUGGAUUGGACCAAACACUCUCACAAACCCAAAUCCUACUUUAUCAGUAAAGACCAGAUUGGUGCAGGCCAUUGAAUACCUUAAAAAUUCCACAAGAGAUAAAGAUGUCCUCAUUCAAAUAUGGGUGCCUGUCAAGAGAGGAGGCAAACAUGUUCUUGUUACUAAUAAUCAGCCAUACUUUAUCAACCCAAACUCCCAGAGCCUGUUAGAGUACAGAUACGUCUCUCAAAAUUACCAAUUUGCUGCUGAGAAGGAUUCAAAAGAGUUGGUUGGGUUGCCUGGACGCGUGUUCUUGAAGAAGCUGCCAGAGUGGACUCCUGAUGUUCGAUUUUUCAAAAGGGAGGAGUAUCCACGAGUUAAUUAUGCUCAUCAGCAUAAUGUUAGGGGUUCCAUUGCGGUUCCUGUUUUUGAAAGUGGCAGUGGAACUUGCUUGGGUGUUGUUGAGAUUGUGACGACUAUUCAGAAAACUCACUAUCACCCCGAGCUUGAAGAUGUCUGCAAAGCUCUUGAGGCUGUUAAUCUAAGAAGUUCUGGUAUCUCAUCAAAUCCUGCCAAAGUCAAGGACUGCAACGAGUCUUACCUAGCUGCCUUGGCCGAGAUUCAAUAUAUUUUGACAUGCGUAUGUGAUACACACAAGUUGCCAUUGGCUCAGACUUGGGCCCCGUGCAUACAACAAGGUAAAGGUGGGUGCCUGCAAUCUGAUGAGCACUUUGCUUCUUGUGUUUCCACAGUCGACUCAGCUUGCUAUGUGCGCGAUCCACAAGUGGUGCCUUUUCAUUUUGCAUGUUCAGAGUAUCACUUGCUUAAAGGUGAAGGAGUUGCAGGUGGAGCAUUCAAUACGAACCAGCCAUGUUUUGCUACAGAUAUUACGGCCUUUAGCAAGGCAGAAUAUCCACUGUCACACCAUGCCAGGAUGUUUGGAUUAUGUUCUGCUGUGGCAAUACGCCUUCGAAGUAUAUACACAGGGUCGGCUGAUUUUGUCUUGGAGUUUUUCUUGCCACUUGAUUGCAAAAAUACUGAAGACCAAAAACAAAUGCUAAGUUCACUGUCUUCUGUGAUACAACAAAGUUGCCGAAGCUUGCGUGUUGUCACAGAUCAAGAACUGCAGGAGGAAAAAGUCAGCCUUUCCGUUGGUGGAUCACAUGAAGAAGAAGCAAGAAAACCAGUUUCUCCAUCUUACAGGGAUCAAGAUUCUUCUUCGUGGCUUUCUGAAAUGAUGGAUGCGCAAAGAAAGGGUAAAGGAGCAGCUGUUUCAGAAAAUCACAGGGAUAAGCAAGAAGAAAAUUUUAAGGUGACAGCAACCCCUUGGGAUUACACUCAGAGGGAACCCAUUCAUGCAUCUACAUUCUCAGAGCCAAACCAAAGUUUUGUAGCCAAAGGGGGUUCCUUUGAUUUUUCUUCUCAUUCCUCGGGCGCCAAGAGAGCAGGUGAAAGAAGACGGUCAAAAACCGAGAAGAGCAUCAGUUUGCAGGUACUCAGGCAGUACUUUGCUGGGAGCCUCAAAGAUGCUGCCAAAAGUAUUGGAGUUUGCCCUACAACUUUGAAAAGAAUAUGCAGGCAACAUGGAAUCACCAGGUGGCCUUCUCGCAAGAUCAAGAAAGUUGGCCACUCGUUACAGAAGCUUCAACUUGUGAUCGAUUCAGUCCACGGUGCCGAGGGUGCAAUUAAACUAAGUUCUUUCUACACCAACUUCCCUGAACUUAGCUCUCCAAAUAAUCCCGGUACCAGCAACUUGUCUGCUUCUAAAGACGAUGAUCAUCUGCAGCAAGUAAAUACUCAACUUGAUGUCAGCCCCGUGACCACCACAUCCAAGUCAACUUCUUCGUCUGGCAGUCAUAACUCCAGCUCAAGUUUAUUGUGUUCGACUACAAAUGUCUUUGCGACAACGGAGGAACAUCCUGCAAGAGGAAUGCUAAAGAGGGCACACACGGAAACAGAAUUGCAUGACAUGGGUCAAGAAGAAACCAAACUUCUGGUCAGGUCACAGAGUCAAAAGAUCCAAAGCAAUCACAAUUCUUCGGAACCUCUGCGCCCUUUGCCAAAUCAGCUCUUACAGGAUUCAGGUACAUUUAAAGUAAAAGCCAUAUUUGGGAAGGAAAAGAUCCGUUUCAGCCUGCAAUCACACUGGGGUUUUGGAGAUAUUCAGCAUGAGGUACUGAGGCGUUUCAAUGUAGAAGAUGUUGGCAAAAUCGACCUAAAGUAUUUGGAUGAUGACGACGAGUGGGUGCUUCUGACAUGUGAUGCCGAUCUUGAGGAAUGUAUUGAUAUACAUAAAUUAUCUAAAAGGAGGACAAUAAAAGUUUCCCUCCACCAUACUUACCAUCAUAAUCUUGGAAGUUCAUUUGGUAGCAGCGGUCCAGCCUAAGCUAUACUUGCUCUGCAAGUGUUUCCAGAUGUGGGGUCAUGUUUGUUUGCUAAGAAGCUAUGGAAGAUUCUUGACUGCAAAGUAGAAAGAACGGCUUUUUUCACUUUCUUUCUUAGUGUUAGUGGUUGAUGUGGGGAGAUGGCAGAUCCAUGGCCAAUCGGCGGCCACCCUAUAUGCAGUUAUUUGACAUACUUGCUGAUUGCACACUGCAUACCCAUUGUAUCACCUUUUUUCAAUCAAUGGGAAUGUAAUAUAGAACAUACAAUUAACCAUCGAGUGAGAUGAGAUGGGACGUUCAGUCAUGCUGAUUGUUAACUUUGGCAUACUUCUCUUUGUGGAAGAGGAGAGGAGGGAAUGCUCUUCAAUAGUCAUUUUGCAUUCUCCACAGAGGAUACAGCGCAAAAGCUGAUUAUGUACUUUUUCUAAGUUCCAACCAUGUGUAGUUACUGCACUUAGUUCCAGUAUCCUGGACAAACAGUUUAUGGAUCUUUCUGAUUUAACGAGAAAGGAAAUUCUGGAUGA